AGAUCAAAACUUCAAAAAUGCUUGCUGUAGCAUUACCUGAAAGUCUUCCAGAAGUCGAUACGUUUUCAUAUGUAGAAGCUGAAAACAGUGCAUCUAUAAACAAUGAAGAAGACACCAGACCUCUCGUGGGGAUCAUUUAUCCUCCACCAGAUAUAAGGAAUAUUGUUGAUAAGACUGCCAUAUUCGUUGCAAGAAAUGGUGUACAAUUUGAAGAACGCAUUCGUGAAAAUGAAAAACAUAAUGCCAAAUUCAGCUUUUUGAAUCCAAACGAUCCGUAUCACGCUUAUUAUCAAUACAAAAUCGCAGAGACCAAAGGCGGCAAAGUUUCUAAAAAGGCUGAACCAAAAGAGCUUAAAGUUGAAAUUAAAGAGGAGGGUUUCCUACCAAGAGCUCCACCAAAGGAACCACCUUCUUUUGAAUUUAUGAAUGAUAUGCCUUCUAUAUCUGCACAGGAUCUAAUUGCAUGUAAUCGCCAGUUUACUAAUAUGAUUUGUUUAGUUGCAUAUGCAUCAAUUGAUUGGCAUGAUUUUGUUAUUGUGGAAACUGUCGAAUUUACUGAAGCUGACGAAACAAUUGAUCUCCCUCCACCUAUGAGUAUCAUUGAACUGGAAAACAUGACUCUUGCCCAAAAGAAGAUGGCAUCAGUCAAUAUUGUUGAAACUCAUGAAGAUAAAGCUGCCGAGAUUGAUAUGGAGUCGGCUCCUGUUGUACAUGAAAUCAAACCUCCAGAUACGUCCGCCCCUAUGAAAAUUGUUAAAGAUUAUACUCCCAAAGCUUAUGCACCUAAAACCACCACUGAGAGACAAACAUCCAUAUGUCCAAGAUGUAAACAAGCAAUUCCUGUGGACGAAAUGGCAAAUCAUGUCCGUAUAGAAUUGUUAGAUCCUAAAUGGAAAGAACAAAAGAUGGCGGCAGAUGCAAAGAAGAAAGAAUCAAACUUGUUACAAGAAGGAACGGAUGUUGCCAAAAUUCUCAAGACAUUUUCCGGUUAUCGUUCCGAUAUUUUUGGAAAUGAGGAGACUGAAAUCGCGUCUAUAAAUAUGGCAACUCAACGAGCAGCGGCCGGUGUUUCAAUCGAUGAACAAAUUGCUGCAAUUCAUCGAAGCAAAGGCUUGACAAGCGAUAGCGACUCUAAAAUCGGUCCAAGGAUACCACAAUUACAGGAUCAUUCACAUCAGCAUCAAAUGCAGCAUAUGCACCAACAAGGGUUACAACAACAUAUGCCUUCAGCUCAACAACCUAUGUACGCUAGUUAUCCAUCUCAUACAACACAAAAUGUUCCAAUACCGCAAGGACCUCUACCAGUCGCGUAUCCUGGUUAUGUUGGGUCUUCUGCGCCAUUUGCACAUCAGUUGCCAGGUUUUAUUACACCAAUCGCGCCUGUUACUAUGUCUUCUCAACCACCCUCUCAAGUCCGCCCACCUAUUCCGCCCAUUCCCCAGCUUCAUCGCCAAUCUUUACCAGAAGACGAAGUAGACAUGGGCAUCCUACCAAAACGACAAAAAUUAGAUAAUGCUUCCUCUAUGGGAGCCCUUGUAUCAGAGGAAGAAUGGAUAGCUUCUCAUCAGGGAUUAGUAAAUAUACAAAUUCAGUGUCCAAUAAUAUCUGAAAAACCAGAAUGGAAUUGUCAAGGGCAAAUCAUUGUCUUGGACAGUUUAUCGGUCACAACGCUGGUUUCCGCUGUAAAAGAUAAGAUUUUUGCAAGAUUGAAUUUCCCAGCAGGAAAGCAAAAACUCACAAUAGGAGGCGCCGUAAUGAAAAAUCAGGUAUCAUUGGCAUACUAUAAUAUUGAAGAUGGUGUCAUCCUUGGAUUAGCAAUUAAAGAUCGAGGGAAAAAAUAA